AUGGGCAACAAACUGCAAAGAUGUAUCGGAAAAGAUGUAUCAAAUUCCUCCGCCACCGUAUCCUCACCAGAACCACCGUCUCAGUUGGAAAGCUUCACCUGCAACAUAUGUCACGAGCCCACCCUUCCAUAUGAACGAAAAUUUAAGAAUAAACACAUUUGUGAUCACACUUUCUGCAAAGACUGCAUUAACAAGUAUGUCCAAGUCAAGGUUAAUGAACACAAUGUUGCAAAGAUCAAGUGCCCUAGCUUAUGCUGUGAUUUCAACUUGGAUCCACUUUCAUGUAGUUUGAUCCUCCCAGCUAAGAUUUUCGAAAAAUGGUGUGACUUCUUAUGCCAGGAUGCCAUCUUGGGGGUGGAUCAUUGUUAUUGCCCUAAUAAAGAGUGUUCUGCAUUGAUCAUGAACGAAUGUGGAGGAAAAGUGAAGAGAUCGGUUUGUCCUAAUUGUAAACAAUUGUUAUGUUUCAAUUGUAAAAUAUCAUGGCAUGAUGGUUUUUCAUGUGAAGAAAGUGGAGUGAUUAGGGAUGCUGAAGAUGUAGCUUUUAAGGUUCUUGAAAAGGUAAAUAACUGGAAACGGUGCCCUAAAUGCAGGCAUUGUGUUGAGCUUUGGGAAGAUGUGGAAUUCAGUUUUGCUACAAUUGCGGAAAGAAGAAGAAUAGUCAUUGGUGCGGAUGCACCAUAA